AUGGAUCGUCCUAAACAGCUUUCGAAUCCUACGGAAUAUUCCGUAGGCUUCAUUACUGCGCUUGCCAACGAACUUACAGCUGUAGAAGCGAUGCUCGACGAAGAACAUGGGAACCCCUUAAACUUCGUCCAGCAUGAAAGAGACGAUAAUUGCUACACAUGGGGCCGCAUGGGUGUUCAUAACGUUGUCAUCGCCUCAUUGCCCGAGGGAAGAUACGGCCUUGUUUCUGCAGCGACUACCGCAUACAGUCUGCUUAGCUCUUUACCGCAUCUUCGGAUAGGUCUUAUGGUCGGCAUUGGCGCUGGAAUCCCCAAGCUCCAGAAGAAUAUCGAUAUACGCCUUGGGGACGUCGUUGUUAGUCAGCCAACUGACCAAAGCUCGGGAGUCUUUCAGUAUGACUUAGGAAAGAAGCGACAAGACGGUACUUUUCAGCACGUUGGAUCUCUUGCUCCACCUCCUACGGUCCUUCUCACAGGGUUAAAAAAGCUCAAAGCUAAGCGGCGUCGGAAAGGCUCUGAACUUCCCUAUAUUCUCGAACAAAUGCUUCGUCGCUCCCCGAGAUUGGCGGAGCCGGACGAUGACGAUCCUGCCUUUGUAUACCAAGGCUCGCACAACGACCGCCUCUUCGAAUCGUCUGUUCCACACGUGGAGAUGUCCGCGGAGACCAAUACGGCUGCAGGAUUAAGCAAACCUAUUCAGAGUCCAUCGGUCGAGAAUAGGAAUGCCGAGGAAGCCGGACUGGAAACUGGCAAUUGCGUUUUCUGUGACCGCGCAGGCGAAGUGACCCGAAAAGAACGACGCUCCACCGAUCCGGUAGUUCAUUAUGGUAUAAUCGCUUCGGGAAAUUCGGUCAUAAAGAAUAGUCUAUGCCGCGAUGAAAUAUCAAGGCAAAUCGAUGAAAAAUGCAUCUGCUUCGAGAUGGAAGCAGCCGGACUGAUGAACACUUUCCCCUGUCUAGUUAUUCGGGGGAUUUGCGACUACGCAGACGGUCACAAGAAUAAUCGAUGGCAAAACUACGCAGCAGCAACAGCAGCAGCAUUUUCAAAGGAGCUUCUUCAGGUCAUCGACGCCGUGGAUGUCGCGAAGUCUCCGAAUUUGAAACAGGUCGUUGAUGAAAUGCUGGAGAACAUAUCGCAGCUUACAUCAAACGCCAAAGAAGCAAAUCAAGGUGUUCAACAUCUAAACAACAAGAAGCUUUCACAGAACAUCAAGGACUGGCUUUCUCCUUGCGAUGUGUGGGAAACCCACAACUCUACAUUGGAACAUCGCCAAGACGGCACGGGGAAAUGGUUUCUCGACAGCGAAACUCGCUUGACGGUGCAAUCAGGUCGCUCAUAG